CGCGCACCCCCGGACCGGCCCCUGCGGCCCCAACGCGCCCACCUGAGCCAGACGGCGCCCACCUGAGCCCGUACGCCGGCGCCAUGGCGGAGCAGGAGAGCCUGGAGUUCGGCAAGGCGGACUUUGUGCUGAUGGACACUGUCUCCAUGCCCGAGUUCAUGGCCAACCUCCGACUCAGAUUUGAAAAGGGACGCAUCUACACAUUCAUCGGAGAAGUGGUCGUUUCUGUGAAUCCAUAUAGGUUACUGAACAUCUACGGGAGAGAGACAAUUGAGCAGUAUAAGGGACGUGAGCUGUAUGAGAGACCGCCUCAUCUUUUUGCUGUCGCCGAUGCUGCCUACAAGGCCAUGAAGAGGCGGUCAAAAGACACUUGCAUUGUGAUAUCAGGUGAAAGCGGAGCUGGUAAAACCGAAGCCAGUAAGUACAUCAUGCAGUACAUUGCGGCCAUCACCAACCCCAGCCAGAGAGCCGAGAUCGAAAGAGUGAAGAAUAUGUUACUUAAGUCCAACUGUGUCUUGGAAGCUUUUGGAAAUGCCAAAACCAACCGUAAUGACAACUCAAGCAGGUUUGGAAAAUACAUGGAUAUCAACUUUGAUUUCAAGGGGGACCCUAUUGGUGGACAUAUCAAUAACUACUUAUUGGAGAAGUCUCGAGUGAUUGUGCAACAGCCAGGAGAAAGAAGCUUUCAUUCUUUCUAUCAGCUACUCCAAGGAGGUUCCGAACAAAUGCUACGCUCUCUACAUCUGCAGAAAUCCCUUUCAGCCUAUAACUAUAUCCAUGUAGGAGCUCAGUUAAAGUCUUCUAUCAAUGAUGCUGCAGAAUUCAAAGUUGUAGCUGACGCCAUGAAAGUAAUUGGCUUCAAACCUGAGGAGAUUCAGACAGUGUAUAAAAUUUUGGCUGCUAUUCUUCACUUGGGGAAUUUAAAAUUUGUAGUGGAUGGUGACACGCCUCUUAUUGAAAAUGGCAAGGUUGUAUCCAUCAUAGCAGAGUUGCUGUCCACCAAGACGGACAUGGUGGAGAAAGCCCUUCUCUACCGGACUGUGGCGACGGGGCGCGACAUCAUUGACAAGCAGCACACGGAGCAGGAAGCCAGCUACGGCAGGGACGCCUUCGCUAAGGCAAUAUAUGAGCGCCUCUUUUGUUGGAUUGUGACUCGCAUCAAUGAUAUUAUUGAGGUCAAGAACUAUGAUACCACAGUUCAUGGGAAAAACACUGUCAUUGGCGUCUUGGAUAUCUACGGCUUUGAAAUCUUUGACAACAACAGCUUUGAGCAAUUCUGCAUCAAUUACUGCAAUGAGAAACUGCAGCAGCUAUUUAUCCAGCUGGUUCUGAAGCAAGAGCAGGAGGAGUACCAGCGGGAAGGGAUCCCCUGGAAGCACAUCGAUUACUUCAACAAUCAGAUCAUCGUGGACCUCGUGGAGCAGCAGCACAAAGGGAUCAUCGCAAUCCUCGAUGACGCCUGCAUGAACGUCGGCAAGGUCACCGACGAAAUGUUCCUCGAAGCCCUUAACAGUAAAUUGGGCAAACACGGGCACUUUUCCAGCCGAAAGCUCUGUGCCUCAGACAAAAUCCUGGAGUUUGAUCGAGAUUUUCGAAUUCGACAUUAUGCAGGUGAUGUAGUCUAUUCUGUCGUCGGUUUUAUUGACAAAAAUAAAGAUACUUUAUUUCAAGAUUUCAAGCGCCUCAUGUAUAACAGUUCAAAUCCUGUGCUGAAGAAUAUGUGGCCCGAAGGCAAACUGAGCAUUACAGAGGUGACCAAGCGACCCCUCACCGCCGCCACCUUAUUUAAGAAUUCUAUGAUUGCUUUAGUAGACAACCUUGCAUCAAAGGAACCAUAUUAUGUACGUUGCAUCAAACCCAAUGACAAGAAAUCCCCCCAGCUAUUUGAUGAUGAACGCUGCCGGCAUCAAGUUGAGUACCUCGGACUGCUGGAAAACGUGCGGGUGCGACGGGCAGGGUUUGCCUUCCGCCAGACCUACGAGAAGUUUCUUCACAGGUACAAGAUGAUCUCGGAAUUCACCUGGCCCAACCAUGACCUCCCUUCAGACAAAGAGGCUGUCAAGAAACUGAUUGAACGAUGUGGUUUUCAGGAUGAUGUAGCUUACGGAAAGACCAAAAUUUUCAUUCGCACACCCCGAACAUUGUUUACCUUGGAAGAACUCCGUACCCAGAUGCUCGUAAGGAUUGUCCUCUUUCUGCAAAAGGUGUGGCGGGGCACCCUGGCCCGCAUGCGGUACAAGAGGACCAAGGCAGCCUUGACAAUUAUCAGAUCCUACCGGCACUACAAAGUGAAGUCAUACAUCCGUGAGGUGGCCAGACGCUUCCAUGGCGCCAAGACCAUGAAAGACUAUGGGAAGCACGUGAAGUGGCCGACCCCUCCUAAAGUUCUUCGCCGUUUUGAGGAGCUCCUACAAGCGGUCUUUAACAGAUGGAGAGCAUCUCAGCUCAUCAAGAGCAUACCUGCAUCAGACCUGCCCCAGGUCAGGGCAAAGGUUGCGGCCAUGGAAAUGUUGAAGGGUCAAAGGGCUGACCUUGGGCUCCAAAGGGCCUGGGAGGGCAACUACCUUGCUUCGAAGCCAGAUACACCUCAGACCUCAGGCACUUUUGUCCCCGUUGCAAAUGAACUGAAACGGAAGGACAAAUACAUGAACGUCCUCUUUUCCUGUCAUGUCCGCAAGGUCAAUCGAUUUAGUAAGGUGGAAGACCGAGCAAUUUUUGUCACUGAUCGUCACCUGUAUAAAAUGGAUCCCACUAAGCAGUACAAGGUGAUGAAGACUAUCCCUCUAUACAAUUUGACUGGUUUGAGCGUCUCCAACGGGAAGGACCAACUUGUAGUGUUCCACACCAAGGACAACAAAGACCUCAUUGUCUGCCUCUUCAGCAAACAGCCAACCCACGAGAAUCGCAUUGGAGAACUUGUUGGAGUCCUGGUGAACCAUUUCAAGAGUGAGAAGCGCCACCUUCAAGUCAACGUCACCAACCCCGUGCAGUGCAGCCUCCAUGGGAAGAAGUGCACCGUUUCCGUGGAGACGCGGCUCAACCAGCCACAGCCUGACUUCACCAAGAACCGCUCCGGCUUCAUCCUCAGCGUGCCUGGGAACUGACCCUCGCGCAGCAGGGCCGCCCCUUAGCCUCACAGGCCCCGAUCUCAUUGCCGAUCCCCGCUACUGCCCGCUAGAAUCAGCUCGCAAGGCUCCUCCUGCUCAGGGCGAGCCUCGCUACCUUCUCUCAGGCCCCUCCCCUGAGGCCUUCUUCCUGGCUUUCUGCCUUGGGUCUCCAUCUUCCCCUGUCCCAACUGUCCACAGUCCCCAGACAACAAACCAAAGACCCCGAUGACCUGUCCCAGAGCCCUGGGCUGAUGUUCAGACCACAUCUCAUCUCAGAGGCCACCUGACGGUGCCCUCAGUUGGUGAAUGCCCCCCAGGACUGGCCAGGUCACACCAGCGUGCCUUGACC